AAAGAAAAAUAUCAAAGGAUAUUUAAAUCAGCUUACAGAUGGGUGUCACGACAUGUGGGUCAACCACUUCCGGAGACGGCUGUUAAAGGAGGUAAAGACGUUGAUGGUUGUCCAAUCUACGUUGGUCGCGCAUACCAUAAUGGAGACACAGUUCCAGCUAAAGUAAUCCCAGACAAACAGGCCGCAUACGUUUGUCACGCCGGCGAAGAGCAUACGAAACAUGAAUUUGAAGUACUUUGUCAAGGAGAAUUUGCGUGGGAAUUCGCGAGCAAUGGAGUCAUUCCUGAGGGUGCUGUUGUAGGGGGACAAACCUCUGAAGGAGAACCUCUUUACGUAGGUCGUGUUCUUCACAAUGGCGCGCAAACUGUUGGCAAAAUUCAACCCAGCCACGGAUGUCUUUAUAUUCCAUUUGAUGGCGAGGAAUUGUCUUUUAGAGACUAUGAAAUCCUUGUUAAUCAUUGA